AUGAGCAUCCCUCUUGCCAGCUUCUAUGAUCCACAAUGUUCUUCUGAUCAUUGGAUCAUACAACAUUCAGCGCGGACUGCCAGACCUGAUUUAGGGUUGAGAGAAGGGGAGGCUGCCAGACUGGCCCUCCAAGAACUUGAGAAGCUAAAAGGGUCUGACGCACAUCGGCUGGCUCUCGUGCCUUCUACCCAUUCGCUUCCACAGCUUCAGUCGCUCAUCCCUAACCUCGACAAAUAUCUCUUUCGGGGAUUGUUGAAGAACAAUGCCUCGUUUCGCUUGUCCUCCGAUCUUCCUCCGACCAUACAUGGCUCAACCUCAGCGCUGGGUGCAUUGGGCAAUCAGAUCGUGGUCUCACUCAACAGCCUUCUGAUGCGCCAUCCAUCCCAUCUUGCCCUUGUUGCAAGUUUGAUACAUCACAUGACUCACGCAUACCUUUUAGUAUGCUGUGGUUUUGGGAACAGCAAUGCUAACGAUGGAAGACAUGACUUGAAACACGGGUUGGCUUUCAGCAGCAUUGUCCAUACUAUCCAGGAUAUACUCGUGGAUGACGCGCGAAUCCCGCUGCCCGACCUGUUUUACUGUAGUGACGCGUUCACCCGGUCUACUCGACUGCGUCGUCAACGUUCUGACCGCAACUCUCUCCACAGCUAUUGCCACUUCGACGACAGCGACCAUGAGGAUAAGAGAGCGUGCGGGGCUUACAUGCAGCGCGUGAUUUUGGGAGCUCAGGAUACGAGUUUUGAUUCCCGUGAGAAGACAUCAUAUCCUGCCAAUGCAUGCCAGUCAAUGAGCAUGCUAGGAGGCUUGGUGAAUCGUGCUCAAAUGGAGAAUUUCUAUCGGCCACAGAUUGAUCUUUAUCACUACUUACCGCAUCCCACUACGUCCUUGGUUCGACCAGCUGGAGAUAUUCCAGUAUCCGGUGACUAUCAAGCCCUCUUGAAUCUACAGGCGUUUCUUGCCUUUGGCGAUUACGAGCCUAGGGUUUUGGUACGAUUCGACAGCUCUGACAUUGAUGGCCCACCCCGAAUCCACGUCGACGACAAACACCUUACCAAAGAAUCAAACCUGAGUAAUCCUCUAGACGAUCUAAGAACCUAUGUUCUUGCGCUUCGUACGUCGGUAGAACCACUUCGACGGUUAGCGCUAGUUCGGCUCUAUUCUCAGAAGUUGCUCAAAAAGGAAAUCAAUGCCAUGUAUUUCUUGGAGGAGAUCUAUACAGGAGCUCCUAGUUGCGAGGAUGGCCCUGGUGUCGCAGUCAAAGACUAUAAGCCCGAUGACGAUCUACGCCACUUCGUUCUGGCUUUCCUUUGUGCUGCACAUCCAGACCUGCCUACCAAGGCACCUGGGGUAAUACAGCUCGAGUACGAAGACACUAUCUAUGGACGUCGGGUCAUCACAGAAACAGACACGGAGCCAGCCACCAGAGACAACAGCAACCUUUACAUCCUCGAAACGACUGACAGAUACAAGGGCAGGCUCAGCAAACUCCGAGGAAAUGGUGGACUGUUUCUGGAAGAUCUGGACAAAGUGAAGAGCGCCUUAGGCAACCAGGAACCAGUCAAACCGCCCGCUGAUCUCCUUGUCUCUGGUGCCGGCGAUGGAACACUACAAGCACUUGAGGCAAGCAAUGCCAACACUGCCAAAGGAUUGUUAGGUAGCAGGACAGUCUUGGAACGUUUAGAGGCCGCCCAAAAACAACACCGUGCAUACGACCCAUAUCAGCAGUAUCGUAGAAGAAGACCAGUGCUUGGUCUGGGCGGGAUACCAGCAUCCUUUACCGUUGACGAUCUGGUCGACGAGGUAAGGCUUGACGAUUUCGUGAGAGUGCAAGGACUUCGGUUCUGA